GAUUACCACCUAAUAUAAUGAGUACUGCACCUACAGUACACCCUACAGCGGAAUUGCCGCAGAAUGAUAUGUGUAGUAAAUGUAGUGGUGUUGCUACCUACGAGACACUAGAAGAUGCAGCAGUAGCCAUGACAGACCUUGCUAACACCCUGUGUGCAGGAUGCUCGGAGAAGCUAGUUGGAGAGGUUAUCAGAGUGGGGGACAGUGACCACUUCCACGUGGACUGCUUCAAGUGCACUUCCUGCAAUGAACCUCUAGCUUCCACCGGAUUCUUUGCACGUGCAGAGAAGUACUACUGCUCUAAAGACUACCACGAGCUAUUCGGGACUAAGUGUGUGGUCUGUUCCAGCUUCAUCGAGGGGGAGGGGUUUACUGUUCAGAAGAGGAGUUAUCAUACUAGGUGCUUCAAGUGCUCUCAAUGCGGAGGUGGGUUCAACAGUGGUUCCCGGGUUUUAUUCGACGAAGGACGCCCUAUCUGUGAGAGCUGCCGAGCCAAAUCUCAAGCCUCUACUCGUCUGAGCUCAUGCAAGGGCUGCAACAAGGACAUUACGGGGCGGAGUGUGGUUGCCAUGGAGUCAGACUGGCAUGUGGACUGCUUUGCUUGUUACUACUGUAAAGCUCCGUUAGCAGGGGAGUACAUGGUGAAGGACGGUCACCCCUACUGCGAGUCGGAUUACCUCAACUUGUUCGGACAAAAGUGUAAGAUAUGCGAUGAGUUUAUCGUGGGGAGGGUUCUCCAAGCGGGGGGUGUCAGUUACCACAACUCCUGUCUUAGGUGCCAAGUGUGCAGUAACUCCUUCGCUGAAGGGCAGGAGAUCUUCACCCAGGAUGGAAUAUUCUGGCACACGGAGUGUGAGCCUUAUUUGGAGGGGUUCGGGGAGAGCGAGUAUUUUGAUGACGGAGCGGAGGAGGAGGUUGCAGGGUUGGUUACAGACGAUGUAGCGGAUGUGGAGGAGGGCAUCUCUAAUAUCAGGGUCGAGGAGAAUUAAAGGAGCUGUACAGACGAUGUAGCGGAUGUGGAGGAGGGCAUCUCUAAUAUCAGGGUCGAGGAGAAUUAAAGGAGCUGUACAG